GUCCCUUCGUCUCUGCUCGUCGUCUCCUCGCCAACCAUUACGCGGUUUGGGUUACAAAAUAGUCUUUGUAUGAACUGGCAAUUGCUGUUGGCUAUUUAUCGUUGGUUCGAUUUGGUUCUAUCACCCAUGAUCGUCACCCUAUCGUUCUUUAUGAAUCGAUACAUGCCGUAAAAACUUCGAUGUACAUUUUAAUCUUUUAAUAUAGUUGCGCAGUUAGAAUUAUGGAGAUAUUCAAACGUUUAUAUUUCCUUUUAGUACUUAUUAUGGAUUAUAAAUUCAGCUUCGGUUAUUUGGAAUAUGAUAAUUGGCUAAAUAUUGAGUUAAGUCAUGCGAUUGACCCUAAAAGUCUCAACAGUUUUACAUAUCGGGGAAAUGUUACAAUAUCAAGUUUGGAUAUUGGAUUCGCUAAAACAAACCAGGAAGCUUUAACUGGUAUUCAAAUACAAAACCUUCAGUCUUUGGCAAAAAUGGAUAAGUUGUACAGGUUAAAAGCCGAAGUUACUUAUGCUGAUGGAAAGCGACAAGAAUUUUUAAGCUCAACCAAAGUGUGCAAUCUUAUUAUGUCCAAUUUAAACGAUAUUAUGUGGAUAUCAAUAGAUCACAAUGGAUAUAUAAAUGCUGUGACGGUUUUGACAUCUAGAUCUGAUAUUUGCUUUUAUGAGAAUAUAUCCGUAUCUGGCUCGGAGGACUUUAAUACGGAUGUUCUUAUCCGACACACAGAAAUGGCACCUUUCCCAGAUACUACGAGCUUUAUUCAAAAAUUAGAAAGGGAAAGAGAAGCUAGAGAACGUGGGGAUGUCCGAGAUAACCGCGGAUUUUUCUCUAAAUAUUGGAUGUAUAUUGUGCCUGUUGUUUUGCUGGUGUUCAUAUCUGGUGCCACUAACCAAGAUAAUUCGAAAUAAAUUUUUAAAUAAUUCGAAAAAUAAAAAAAUGAAUAACAAAUUUAUUUGUAAUAUUGUAGUUUAAAAUUAUUGCUUUAUAGGUAUUAUAAAUAUAUAAGUACUAACAGAUUCGCGUUGCUAUGUAUACAUUAAAGACCAUUAUAAUAAACUAUUGAAUACAGUACAAAUAUUAUUUACAAAAACAAAA